CACGCCCGUUUGUUUGCGCGCAUUUACCGGGGUCAUGGGGAAAUCGGCCAAGGCGAAUAAACCCCUCACUCAGGAAGAGAUCUGGGAUGAUUCGGCCCUCGUCCAGAGCUGGGAUGAGGCUGUCGAGGAAUACAAACUCUACCACAGCAUCCAUGCGAAGGGCGAGAAUGUUGAAGAUGUCCUGAGAGAAGCAGAGGCUGCUGAAAAAGCUGAGAUGGAGCAAGAUGAGCAGCCGUUGGACGAAUCGGCCGACCGCAUGGAUGCUGACGUCGACGCCGACACUGCUGCAAAUGCAACAACUCCAGCGGAACCUCAACAGGUGCCACAGGCCAAACUGUCGCAAGCCGCGGAAGGGCCGGAACAGCCUCUUGGACAGGGUGCCCAUGUCACCGAUCAACCGGCUGGGCCCAGUGCCGUAGGAGCACCUCCUAUGCCUCAUGCCACCCUAUCCCAAGUGCAAGAUGAGGGACUCAAAAACCUCAUGAUGGCCUGGUACUAUGCUGGAUAUUACACUGGUCUAUAUGAGGGCCAACAGCGAGCGAACCAGAACAAGAGCUCAUAACCCAGCUGAAAGUAUAGUAACGAAGUGACAAGCAUCUAUCUGCGUUGUUCGCAAUCCUGGUAGGUUGCAGUGAAUUAUGAGCGCGGAAAGCUAAAUCCCCAGGAUGGCCGCAGGCGCAAACAACAUCCCGUCUGGGUACAGGCCAGGAUUAGACGAGAAUCUCC